CUGCUGGACUGGGACAUGGGGAACGAGUGCUUUCUGGCCUUCACGACCACGCACCUACCCUUAGCAGAACAGAACCUUGCCAGAUAUAAACUCCGUAUAAUUGAGCCACCAAAAAUACCUGUAGGGAAAAAACCCAAACCUGAUGAAGAUGGUCCAGACACUGAGCCCAACCUGUGGAUGUGGGUAAACCCCAACAUCGUGUUUCCCCCUGGAAAGCUAGAGGUCCCAGCACCUAGUAAGGGGGAAGAUCUGACAAGCAUAUUCCCCUGCCCUCAGCCAGCCCCCAAAGAGGAAGACUUUGCCAACUGCUCAGAAGCCGGAGUCAUGGAGUCACUGCCACCUUCCUCCAGAGGGCAGUCUUUCCCUUGGAAGCAGUUUGCUUCUUUCCCCAGCAACUGGGAGCUCACAGAAGAGGAGGAGGCUAAGGACCAGGAUGACAGCUCCUGUGUGGCUCUCCCAUCCCCUCACAAAAGGGCCCCCCUCCAGAGUCGGCUUCGGCAAGGCAACAGCCAGGAGGGGAGGCUCUGGUCCAGGCCCCCUCUCAAUUACUUCCACCUAAUUGCACUGGCAUUAAGAAACAGUUCCCCCUGUGGCCUCAACGUGCAACAGAUCUACAGUUUCACUCGACAACAUUUCCCCUUUUUCCGGACGGCUCCAGAGGGCUGGAAGAAUACCAUUCGUCACAAUCUCUGUUUCCGAGACAGCUUUGAAAAAGUGCCGGUCAGCAUGCAGGGUGGGGCUAGCCCAUGGCCUCGAUCCUGCCUCUGGAAGUUGACUAAAGAGGGACACCGCCGUUUUGAGGAGGAGGCUCGAGCCUUGGCCUCCACUCAGCUGGAAAGUAUCCAACAGUGCAUGAGCCAGCCAGAUGUGAUGCCCUUCCUCUUUGACCUUUAAAUCCAAGAAGUGAGAGGCAGCCUAUGCCUUAUUAAAGUUACCUGCAGCAG